AAAACGCUCUCUUUUAAUCUUUUUGUUUACUUUUGAGAUCAGUUUUGAAAGUGGAAUCGCAUCACUGGCAAGCGCUUAUAAACUCUGAGAACAGAAUUUAUAAACAAGACGCUUAGAAGUACGUCAGAUCUGUGCUACUGGUUUUAUCAAGGUUAUUGACUCAGAUAUCCUUUUCUGAAGAGGAAAUUUAAGGAGAGAGCAAGAGAAACCGAACGAGCGCUGUGAACUACCUGUCGAUACGGCGGCUAACAUGAUGUCAAAUGUACAAGGAAGUGCGCCAAACACGCCAUCUCAGAAUCCUGUGGUCAAGCAGACAAUGCUAGAAGUGCCACAGAUCAAGAGCAAGGAUGAGAUUGAUGUCUUGAUGAAUCGCUUACGCUAUUUGAAAGAGUCACAAAGUGGCGAGGCGGAACAACAGGCUAUCGUCAAGGCACUCAAAGACGUCAGUACACGCCAACAGGAUUUUAGAGCUCGGAGGGAUAAAUUGAACAAAGCUUUAGUUGGUGCAAAUAGAGGUUACGACGCUGAACUGUUGAGAGAUCAGCUUGUGGCGUUUCAACUGUUGUCCAGAAACUUGGACGUUCCAGAGAACUUGCAACGUAACUUGGGAUUUGACUCACACCUCAGAUCCAACGAUAACGUUGAACAGCAGGAGGAGCCUAUCACACCGUUGAAAACAUCGUUGGACUUCACGAAGCGACUAACGAAUUUGGGUAUCAAGGAUAAAUUUUCCAACGAUAUUCCUAACCCCUCAGAGGCAAUUGUCAACACACACACUGCUGAGGCAGUUAUCACCCAUAAGAUAGAUGCUAGAGUCAAGGAAUUGGAAAAUUUGCCCUCCAAUUUGGGUGCUAUCAAAGUGGAUGACGCUGCUUUAGAUGCUGUGGAUGAUUUAUCCAGACAUGCGGAUGAUUUGAAGUUGUCGGCUCUUGUGGAGCUCAAAUCUUUGAGGUUAUUGCCAAAGCAAAAACUAUUGAGACAGAAUUUAUUGUUCAAUAUUGGUGCAAAGGAACACACCUCAGUGGAUUACCUGAGAGAACACCCCGUGACGGAGUCUGCCCAGAGAUCCCUACAGGUGAGACCAAAGAUCGUCAUCAAGCAAACUGCCACCCUUGUUGAGGAGCUGGAGAGACAACAAAAGUUGGAAAAACAAAAGCUGGAACGUGCCCUACACAUCCAGAAGAUCACUAAAUUGGUCGAGUUUGCCAAUGAAUCAUUACAAGAGAGACAUGAUCGUAUUACUAAGAGAUUCCAAUUGGCCAAAGCAAUCACCCAAAUGCAUACUCAAAUCGAAAGAGAUGAGGGCAAAAAAUUGGAAAAGACCGCCAGACAACGUUUGCAAGCCUUGAAAGCCAAUGAUGAGGAAGCAUACUUGAGACUGUUGGAUCAGACGAAGGAUACAAGAAUCACUCACUUGUUGAAACAGACAAAUUCCUUUUUGGAUUCGUUGGCCCGUGCGGUUGAAACUCAACAAACCGAGGCAAAACUUGCAAACGGUGAAACAGUAGAAAUCUCUGAUGAAGACAGAGAAAAAAUUGACUACUACGAAGUUGCUCACAAGAUCAAAGAAGAAGUUACAGAACAACCUUCUAUAUUGAUUGGUGGUCAGUUGAAAGAGUAUCAACUCAAAGGUUUACAAUGGAUGGUCUCUUUAUAUAACAACCAUUUGAAUGGUAUAUUGGCAGAUGAAAUGGGUUUGGGUAAAACCAUUCAGACAUUGUCAUUGAUCACAUACCUGGUGGAGAAGAAGAAAUUGAAUGGUCCUUUCUUGGUCAUUGUGCCCUUAUCUACUAUCACAAACUGGACUUUGGAAUUCGAGAAAUGGGCUCCUUCUUUAAAGACCAUUGUUUACAAGGGUACUCCGAACCAGCGUAAAAAUUUGGCCAUUGAUGUGAGAUCAGGAAAUUUUAAUGUCUUGUUAACCACAUUCGAGUACAUCAUCAAGGAUCGUCCUAUUUUGUGCAAGUUGAAAUGGGUACACAUGAUCAUUGAUGAGGGUCACCGUAUGAAGAAUUCGCAGUCCAAAUUAUCUUCUACCCUGACACAGUACUAUCAUACAAAGAAUCGUUUAAUUUUAACCGGUACACCAUUGCAGAACAACCUACCAGAGUUGUGGGCGUUGCUAAAUUUUGUUUUACCAAAGGUGUUCAAUUCACAAAAAACAUUUGAUGAAUGGUUCAAUACACCAUUCGAGAAUACUGGUGGCCAGGAGAAAAUUGAACUUUCAGAAGAAGAAACCUUGUUGGUUAUCAGAAGAUUGCACAAGGUCUUGAGACCAUUCUUGCUUCGUCGUCUGAAGAAAGAGGUCGAGAAAGACCUCCCAGACAAGGUUGAAAAGGUUGUUAGAUGUAAACUUUCUGGAUUGCAGUAUGUUUUGUACCAACAGAUGUUGAAGCACAACGCAUUAUUUGUCGGUGCUGGUGCACAAGGAGCAACAAAAUCUGGUAUCAAGGGAUUGAACAACAAAAUCAUGCAGUUGAGAAAAAUCUGUAACCAUCCUUAUGUCUUUGAAGAGGUUGAGAAUGUGAUAAACCCUAGCGGUGUCACCAAUGAUAUGAUGUGGAGAUGCAGUGGUAAAUUUGAGAUUCUGGAUAGGGUUUUACCCAAAUUCAAGAAGACUGGCCACAAGGUUUUGAUGUUCUUUCAAAUGACUCAAGUUAUGGACAUCAUGGAAGACUACCUGAGAUUUAGAGAUCUGAAAUAUUUGAGAUUGGAUGGCUCAACCAAAGCUGAUGAUCGUACAGGAAUGUUGGGCCAAUUCAACGACCCACAAUCAGACUAUUUUUGUUUCUUGUUGUCCACUAGGGCUGGUGGUUUGGGAUUGAACUUACAAUCAGCAGACACUGUGAUAAUCUUUGAUUCCGAUUGGAAUCCCCACCAAGAUUUACAGGCUCAGGAUAGGGCACAUAGAAUUGGUCAAAAGAAUGAAGUUAGAAUCUUGAGAUUGGUGACAUCUGAUACCGUGGAAGAGGUUAUCUUGGAGAGAGCAUCUCAGAAGCUUGAAAUUGAUGGUAAGGUUAUCCAAGCAGGUAAGUUUGACAACAAGUCCACAGCAGAAGAACAGGAGGCCUACUUGAAACAAUUAUUAGAGAACGAAGGGCGCAAAAACACUGAUGAAAUUGGUGAGCUGGAUGACGAUGAACUUAACGAAAUUCUUGCAAGAAGUGACAAUGAAAAGGAGAUAUUCACUCAAAUGGAUCUCGACAGAAUCACAAGGGAAAAGAUUCAAAGCAGAAAGCCAGGUGGUUAUAAGGAGAGAUUGUUGACGGAGAACGAGCUUCCAGAAAUCUUCACAGAAGACAUUGAACAGCACCUCGUCCAAGAGACCAAAGAACUCGGACGUACCAGAGAGAAGAAACGUGUGUAUUAUGAUGAUGGACUCACAGAAGAGCAAUGGCUCAUGGCUGUCGAUAAUGAUGAUGAUACCAUCGAAGAUGCCAUUGCACGUAAGAGAGCACGGAAAGAAAGAAGAAAGGGAAGCUCCAAGGGGUCGAAAACUCCAAAUGGCAAAGAGCGUACACCUGCAUCUCCUGACGCAGAAGAUGACGAAGAAGAAAGUGCAGCAUCGACGCCUGAACCUGAUCAUGACCAAGAUGAGGAAGAGGAAGUUGUUGUCCAACGUUCUGCUCCUAAGAGGCAAAAAGUUGAGAUUGCAGACUGGAAGAAAGCAUCCUAUGAAUUACUGGAUGACUUACAGACGAAGACAGAUGAGAGUGAUGGUCAUUUACUGAGCGAAUACUUCAUCAAGUUGCCAUCACGAAAGAUCUAUGCAGACUACUACAAGCUGAUCCAAAAGCCAAUAGCUAUCAAUGGUAUUCGUAUGCAAAUCAAAACCGGUAAGAUAUCGUCAUUCGACCGUUUUAAAGAUGCUGUUAUGCUGAUCUACACCAAUGCCAAGUUCUACAACGAAGAAGGCUCUAGUGUAUACUUGGACGCUGUUAAAUUGGAGGAGUAUUCUCAAGAAAGGUUCAAAGAAAUUGAGAAGUCUCUAUGAUGUAUUAUAUAUAUAUAUGUUUGUUCUAACAAGAAAAUCGCUUCUUUGGUA